AAAAAAAAAGAAACAAGAGCGGCCGUUUUUUUAUAUAAAGAAGAUAAACCAUUGGAGGUUGAAACAACGUUUUUUGUCUCAUCUCUCUCUCUCACACACACAAAUCUUUUCAGGCACAACGAAUCGAAUCAUAAACACUUACGCAUAACUAAAACUUCCGAUCUAUAAACCAACCACAGAUUCGUGGGUUCUUCCUUCCUUCGACAGAUUCUGAAAAUUUUGUUUUCAUAUACUCUCAGGCUCGUUUCUUCUCCUCUUUCUUCAUUUUCUCGAAAAUAAAAACUCUGUAAAAUUUAGCUAAAUGGGUGCUGAAAAAAUGGUGUGUUUGGUUUCUCGCACUGGUCGUCAGUUUCAGAGAUACAACAAAGGUCGUCGUCAAGUCGUCGGAUGUAUCCCGUACAGAUUCAAAUUAUCAAGCGAUGGCAAAAUUAGUGAUGAAGUAGAAGUUCUUGUUAUCUCCUCUCAAAAAGGUCACGCCAUGAUGUUCCCAAAGGGUGGUUGGGAGCUUGAUGAAUCUGUAGAAGAAGCUGCUUCAAGAGAAUCUCUUGAGGAAGCUGGAGUUCUAGGGAACAUUGAGCAUCAACUUGGAAAAUGGGACUUCUUGAGUAAAAGCAGAGGAACAUAUUAUGAAGGACUAAUGUUCCCUAUGCUUGUUACAGAACAGCUUGAGCUUUGGCCUGAACAACAUGCAAGGCAAAGAAUCUGGAUGAACGUAGUGGAAGCAAGAGAAGCUUGUAGAGAUUGGUGGAUGAAAGAAGCACUAGAUGUUUUGGUUGGGAGACUCUCAUCACCAAUGAAUCAACCAAAGGAAGAGAAGACUAUUUCAAUCUCUAUUGAAACAAUGUGCUGAUGAUUUGCUGACUGUGAUGUGGAGUUAAAUGGGUCUCUGUAGAUAUAAAUAGAUGGGUUUCAAUUAGUAUUGAGACAGUGAAAAACCGUAACGAAAAGCAGAGCAGGGAAAAAAAACGAUGAGUAGAUUUUCUAGGGUUUAAUUUGGAGCAAGAAAAAAACAUCCAUGUCAUUUUAAGAAGUCUUGUGUUUGUUGUGUUUAUAAUGUUUCUGCAAGAUUUGCUUAAGGGGAUGAUGAAGAGUUUAGAAAGAUGAACAAAGAGUGCAAGCGAAAAAUAUGUAUAAUUUUGUGUUUCCCUCUGUUUAUGUUUUUCAUCUCUCUUUGAGUUUGCAAUGGAGACAUUUGAUUUCAUGAUGAUUUUUGUGAUUGAGGAAUACUGUUGAAUUAUGCAAGUAGGUGAUACGUGUCAUGAUGUGAUUGAUUACAAGAAAACAAAAAAAGCGGGA